AAUUGUCUAUAAAUUACUGCAUACUAAUCCUCCUCAAAAUCACCAAACUCAGAAAUACUUAAUUGAUUAAUCAAUACAAUAAUCUUUCUUAUUUCUGUUACUUAAAAUUUGCAAGAAAAUUAAGUCCUCAUGGAAAUGAUGAAAGGUGUUCUAGUAUUAGCAGCUUCUUUUAUGGUACUAAAUAUUGUUGCUUAUGCACAAAUUCCUACUUCCCCUUGUACAGCCUCAAUGCUAUCAAGCUUUACUCCUUGCGUAAACUAUCUUACCAACAGCAGUGGCACCGGAUCAUCACCAACAACCGAUUGCUGUAACUCGUUAAGGAAUCUUAUGAGCAAUGGUACUGACUGUGUUUGUCAAAUUGUUACUGGAGGUGUUCCUUUCCGCCUUCCUAUCAACCGCACCACUGCUAUUUCUCUCCCCAGGGCUUGCAAACAACCUGGUGUUCCACUUCAAUGCAAAGCUUCUCCUGGUGCUCCAGUUCCAGCUCCAGGUCCUGCUGCCUUCGGCCCAUCUGCUUCCCCUGCAUCUUCCAUCUCUCCUAGUCCCGUGGGUACAGUUCCUACAUCGGACACACCAGCCUUGGCUCCAGUCUCUGAUGCAAAUCCAACUCUAACUCCACCAUCUACAGCAGAUGGUUCUCUGCCACCAACAUCCACAGCUACAGGAGCGGGUUCUUCUCUCAAUCCUUCAGCAGCAAUGCCUUCUCUGAGUAUUUCACCUGCCGUCCUGCUUCUAUCAGUUGCUGUCGCGAUGAUGAAGUACUACUAGACCAUUUUCUGUUUCUGUUUCUGUUGCGUAAUAUAUGGAUGAGGAUCAUUCUUUUGAGAGCUGUGAUUAUUAGUUUCGGGUGUGUGUUCAUUUCUUCUUAUUGUAAGGUUGAUUGUUUAAUUAUCAGGAAAUAUUUAUGUACAUGUUAUUGUGAAAUAAAAUUUUAUUGUUAUCCUUA